CGCGCGCUCGCGUUCGUUCUAAAUUCAAACGCCGGUUCUGGAUUCCCGCCGAUUUCAGUAUUCCUUUUUUAAAAGUUUCCGUUGUUUUUAAAAAGUUUUGGAAUGUUUUUGGAACGAAAUGGUGAAUUGGUGAUCAGUUGAGCUGAUGCAUAGUUUCAGUUGUGAUGUUUUUUUGGAUUUUUCGCAAUGUUACCUAUACCCAGUUCCGGUGCUCUAAGAAGAUCCGCGAUAUCAAAAUAGUUAUUUGGAGUGUUUCCAAAGAUUACUGGUGAUAGAGAAAAGAAUUGGGAAAAUUAAACAACGCAAAUGUGUUCGGUGAGCUUAAGUGAUGAAUCGGUGAUCAGUUAUCUGGUGAUAGGUGAUGAUGAUGAUGGCGAGGGAUACCAGUGUGUGGGCGCUAGUGCUAGUGAUACAGACUUUGAUCGGGGGGAGUUUGGAGAUCAUCGACUCUCACGUGAUCCAAGUGUGGUCGGCGCCGGGCGGCAUGACGCGGCUGCCGUGCGACCUGGCCGCGCCCGUCGGCGACGUCGCCAUGAUGCUGUGGUUCAAGGAUGGCGACAAGAUGCCUAUUUACACUGUCGACUUCAGAAACGGACCGCCAGUCCACUGGGCAGUCGCCGGCGAGUUCGGGACCCGAACGCACUUCGUUCUAAACGAGUCUGACCCAUCGUCGGCCCACCUCUCAGUUGAGAAGGUGGCUCACCACGACGAGGGCAUGUAUAGGUGUAGAAUAGACUAUGUGGACAGCCCUACCAGGAAUUAUAGGGUGAAUUUGACUGUUAUAGUUCCGCCAGAAUCGCCUCGGAUAUACGACUCCGAGGGCAGAGAAAUUCUAGGCCCCAUCGCCGGACCUUUUAGGGAAGGUCAGGAUUUGCUGCUGUCCUGCGCAGCCGCUGGAGGCAAACCUCCACCCGACGUAUCCUGGUGGAAUGGCAACGACCGGCUGGCCAUCACAAAAGGAGGGUCCGUAUGCCAGCUCCUACUCCAGAGUUUAUCAAGGGAGACCUCAGGAACACGACUCCAUUGCAAAGUGGAACCCCCGCUGUUGCAGCCGAUAGUUAGGGAGGUCACCGUGAAAUUGUUUUUGAAGCCGCAAUUCGUCCGGGUGUCCGGCAAAGGCGCCGUCCGGGCCGGACAGGACCGGUCCUUCGUAUGCACUACGCGUGGCUCCAAGCCGCCGCCGAACAUCGAUUGGUUCAUCAACUCGCAGCUCGUCGACUCCACUUUGACUCAGAUGGACGUCGACGGCGAUGUGACCAAGAGCGAGCUAACGUGGCACGUCAGGAGAAAAGACAGUGGCAGGCAGCUGGUCUGCCGCGUCUCCAACCCCUGGUUCCCUGCCUACACGCUGGAAGACUCUGUGAUGCUUGACGUCAUGUAUCCGCCAGUAGCUCAAAUAUCGCUGAUAGAGCCCAAAGACCCUCGUAUGCUGAGGGAGGACGAGAAUGCUGAACUGCUCUGCUCGGCUGACGCAUCACCGCCUGCUACCAACUUUACCUUUUACAAGGGAACUGAGGUGCAUCUGAUACGCGACGACCCUAUCGGCGGGAUAGCGGUGGAAGGCAGCAAGUUGAUCCUGAGGGGGCUUAGGAGGCACCACUCCGCGAUCUACCGGUGCCGGGCGAGGAACUCAGAGGGGAGUGCGCUGAGUGAGCCACUCACUUUGAAUGUGCUUUCCCGCCCAGAAUGCGCGACAGGCAGCGUGGUGCAGCAGAUAGCAGGUGCCCCUGGCGGCGAGGUCAGGGCUCGGUGCUCCGUCAGUGCGCCGUCGAGUAGGGACGCGGGCCCUUUGCACUUCUACUGGACGUACAACGGCACCAGGGAUGUAUUGCCGAUCCCAGCGUCAAACAUAACAGUGAUGGGUUCCAUCAGCACAGUCAUCCAUGGUCUACCCUCAGAGAACGUUGACGACGACCUGGGCUGGCUGGCCUGUUGGACUAGCAACGAUAUAGGCAACCAGAGAGAGCCUUGCUUGUUUAGGAUUAUGCCCGCCGCCCUCCCCGAACCGCCAAGCAACUGUGAGAUCCAGAACGAAGUCCUCCGCUGCGAGCCGGGCCACGAUGGAGGGCUGGCCCAGAGGUUCCUGCUGGAAGCCCUGGAGGUACGCCCCGCGGCGCCCGUGCAAGACAAUGAGAUCUCCACGCUGAACGACCAGGGCAUCUCCGGGCGAGGUCUCACCGAAGCGGUGUACCGCGUCGUCAACGACAAACCACAGUUCGCUCUCGAUCCACUACCUCCUGGGAAGUACACUUUGAUGGUGUACGCAGAAACACCGAUGGGAAGAUCCACUCGACCAGCGGCGUUACAUAGUGUGACUAUAAGAACCGCUGAUGACUUGGAUGUCCCUGGUUCCCUCCAAACCAUGACUCCAGCACCUCCCCCACCAUCAGUGACCGACAACAGCGUGGCGCUGCUAACUGGGGCAGCACUGUCGCUGGUACUGCUGACAAUACUGACCACGCUGUGCGUGACACUGGUGGUCAUGUGUAAGAAGAAGAGUCCACGGCGCGAUCCUGAGCAAAGUACAAUCCUACGCAGAAAUGUAGGCGUGUCCAUGUAUGGAGGGUCUUCCAUCUCCCCGAGCGUGGUGCCAACGGUCGUGGUGAGGGGACACCGCGGUUCCAGGGUCCUAGCUGCCAGGUGGUCAGGAGUGCUGGACGAUGCUCCGCUAGCUGUUCUCGCAUUGGAUACUAGACCUCAUGAUAAUGAUUCCAGCCACAGUGACUUAGAGCAAGAAACUGAACUUACUAGACACACGGACCAUAUGGAAACACAGACGGACACAUAAAAUGCAUUUGAUAUGAGAGUUUUGUUUGACUUGAAGUCAAUUUUCGUUUGGUCCUACCUCGCUACCUACAAGUGAAGUGAAACUUGGGAAUUUCCUACAAACGAUAGAAAGAAGUGUUUCUUCAUUCGUUUUAGUGAUUUUAGCUUAAAAAUUACCCCAAUGACUAGUGGUGUCCGAUGAAACAAGUUAUAAUAUUAAACAAACCAUAAAUUAAAAACCAAAAAUAAUGUAAGGUUUGGUUGUUCUGUCUUAGCAUUUAUUACAGUUUUUCAGUUCUGUUCAAUUACUUGAAUUGUGUAGCUUUUAUGGUGGCGUAAAUGUUUAUACUUAUUGAAAAUAUUAAUGUUUAUGAUAAACUAGUUUAUCAGUGAGUGUCAAAACCAUUUUGUGACCUGAUGGACUUAUAAAUAAAAAUAUUGAAAGAAAAAUAUCUUACGCUUCUAGUGUACUAUCAACAGCACGUAUUUGUAGCAAAAUUGCACCUGUUACAACUUAAUAAGAUACUAUAUCGUAUAACUUUAUGUGCUGUCUGUAUUAGGCUGUAAGGCUCGGUUUCCUCCAAAAGCGGAGCGGAGAAAAGCGGAGAAGUGUCGUGCGUAGGGAUGUUAUGGCUAUGUACUUUCGGUUACGGUUACAGAUAUUGUUUUAUUUCGGAUAUCCGAAAGUUUCGUUUACGGUUACGGAUAUCCAUAACAUCCCUGGACAAAUUUUUCCAAAGAUUUUGACAGCGGCGGCGGCGCGUUGCGGAGCUGAGAAGAGAAUAUGUGGAAAAAAUGAAAUCUAAUUGGUUAUUCAGACCGCUACCAAUCGAUCAACGUGGAAAGCAUUGGGGGAGGCCUAUGUUCAGCAGUGGAUGUCCUAUGGUUGAAAUGAUGAUGAUGAUGAAUGAUGAUUGGUUAUUCAAGUCACUUCUCUGCUCCGCUCUGCCUUGAUGGAAACCAGGUCUAUUGUUGAAAUAAGAGAAUGUAAAUUAAUGUACGCAUGCAGUAUUAAAUAGAUAGUGAUAUUUAUUGUAAGUAUGAUUGUUCGACUAAGUUUUUAUUAUUAAGUAGGUACAGUGUAAAAUGUGUUAUCUAAAGCAACAUCCAAAUACUAUACUUAUACCCUGGGUUGCAGUAUCUUACUUUUACAAUAAUAAACGUCAAAAGUCUGUCAAACUCCAUAAUAAACACCAGUUAGGGUAAUAGUUACGGUUAAAAUAAGGUGGUGUUACUCAGCCUUGUAAAUAAAUAAAUGAUGAUUACUCGUAGAUUUUUAUUGUAUUGUUGCAAUACCAAGAAAAAAAUGGACAUAGUGAUUGAUAGUAUAGUAGAUAUACCCACAAAGUAGUACAACUUUGUAUUUUAGCAGAGUCUAAACUUUGAGUGUUGUUUUAGUAUAAGACUAAGGCUGGGUUGCACCAUCUUACUUUAACUUUGACAAACGUCAAAAAUCUGUCAAACUCCAUACAAAAAACACCGGUUACCGUUAUAGUUACGGUGCAAGUUGGGUGGUGCAACUCAGCCUGAGUAAAGUAAAGUAAAGCAUAAUACUAAGCUUUAAACUUUGUAUAGCAGUAAGUAGAAAUAUCACAGAGUAAGAGCUUUCUCUGUACAAAUAUUUACUUAUACGGAGUUUAUUAGACUAGGGGAGAAUGUAAAAGAUUGCGUAUUUCAUGAUAUGACUUUAUUUUAAAAGCAUGUUAGUAUAGAUUAAGGUAAAAUACUUGGCUGAAACCAAAAGUGGAAAAAAAACUUUUUUAGUAUUAUGCAUGUUAAUUAAAAACCUUUUUUAUCGCGUCAUGAACAUGAUUUUAGAAUACUGCUAUUAUUUUUAUAACAGAAAGUAUCUGUAAUAAUUAAAUAGAAUGGUUCAAAGACUUUAACAUAUCAGCAACUUUAAUAUUAAUAGUUAAAUUUGCCAUAAUACAUUUGUUAUUUUAAUAUAAAUAAAACGGGUAUUACUUUAUAUUUUGUUUGAGUAAAUGCAACUUUUCUUUUAGGUAGGCUUAUACAUCUCACCGAGUAGUGUUUUUAAAGCAGUUAUAAUAAUGUAAAGUAGAUAGAUAGUUAAUUGUUUUAAAUCAAACACCUAAAGAAAGCCAGCUGAAGGCAGUUCAACUUACUCCAAAAUGACGAUGAUUUGAAUUGCAUGUCUUUAAAUACAAGGUUCAAAAUCAAUUAAAGGAAUUCAUUAUUUUGUAGUAAGUUGAUGUUUUUUUAUUCGUAUCUUUUUUUUACAGUUUUUUAAACUUAUUCAGGAAGGAAUUCAGUAUUUAAUAAUAUUGGUUAAUAUUUAAGCCUGUAAUUACAAUUGAAACUCGAUUCAAACUUAAUUUAAUGUGUAUGUCUUAUGAUUGGUCUUAAGACUAAAUUUUUACUUAUCAUAGACUUGAAUCUAUUGUUAAGAUUGAAUCGAGUUUUGAGCAUUUUUUUAAAUGCAAAUGUCUCUAUACUUUGACCCAUCUUAUUUUCAUGUAUUUCUUCUAUGUUGGAAAGUUUUUAUUCAAGUAAAUUAUAUUCAUAUACAAAGUAGGUACCUAUUUUAUUAUGUAGCCUCAGAAUACGGAACAAACCAGAAACCGUCAACGGGCGUAAAUGUGUAUUCAUAUAAAGUACUCCAAAUCGCACUACUUUGACUUUAGAGCAAUCAGUCAAUGGCCGGCGCGCGCAUUGUUUACAUAUCCGUCAGAUUGACACUUUAUAAUUAAAUUAUGCCGUCUUGUGCCGUUCCAACAUGUAAGAAUGCUACUGGAAUUACGAAGAAAGUGCAUGGGAUCAUGUUUUAUCCGAUACACAGCCAGAGUUGCCUCGCAAUCAAAUUUAAGUAUUGGUGAUGUUUUUGAUUUGGAUUCUGUUUUUGACUCCAAGAAAAGUUAAACUAAAAGCACUACUGCGCCGUAAACAAAUGUUUUGUUGUCGAUAUGUUUACAUAAUAAAGAACCUUAAGUUUC